AUAUUGCAUCUCAUGUCCGAGUGGCUGGAGUGGAGUGCAGACCCUUGGUGGAGGGGUACAUCCCAGCAGAGCAGUGAGUUGGGAUAGUGUGUGAGAUGGGGGAGGCCAAGCCCAGCCAGCACGCUGGCUUUGUGGAGAUCUGUGUGACCGAGUGCAAGCCAGAAUUCAUGGCCCGGUCUUCGCAGUUCUACUAUUUCAUGACUCUGACGCUCUCAGAUCUCAAGCCGAAGCGGGGCCCAGUGUCAGGGGGCACUCAGGUGACUAUUACAGGUAACAACCUCAACGCAGGCAGCAAUGUCAUCGUGACAUUUGGGCGACAACCCUGCCUCUUCUACAGGAGAUCCGCCAAGCAUAUUGUCUGCAACACCACUGCUUCAGACGAAGGCUUUGAGAAGGUGAAGGUGUCUGUGAGAGUGGAUAAGGCCAAGAUCCAUCAGGAGCUGCACUAUGAAUAUGUGGAGGAUCCGACCAUACUGAGGAUCGAGCCUGAGUGGAGCAUCUUCAGUGGCAACACACCCAUUGCAGUGUGGGGAACUCACCUAGAUCUGAUCCAAAACCCUCAGAUCCGAGCAAAGCACGGCGGGAAAGAACACAUCAAUAACUGCGAAGUGCAGAACUCCACGGAGAUGACCUGCCAAGCUCCAGCGCUGGCAGUUGACCCCAAUCACCAGUCUGAGCUAGCUGAGCGUCCAGAGGAGUUUGGCUUCAUUCUGGACAAUGUGCAGUCCUUGCUGAUCCUCAACAAAACUAACUUCACCUAUUAUCCAAACCCAGUCUUUGAGGUCUUCAACCCCUCAGGAAUCCUGGAGCUGAAGCCAGGAAGUCCCAUUAUACUGAAGGGCAAGAACCUGAUCCCACCCGUGGCAGGAGGGAAUGCCAAGCUGAACUACACCGUUCUAAUUGGUGAGAAACCCUGUGUGGUAACUGUAUCAGAUGUACAGCUGCUCUGUGAGUCCCCAAACCUCAUUGGAAGGCACAAGGUGAUGGCUCGAGUAGGAGGAAUGGAGUUCUCCCCGGGGAUGGUCUACAUCUCUCCAGACAGCCUGCUGAGCUUGCCAGCUAUUGUCAGCAUUGCCGUGGCUGGUGGCCUGCUCAUCAUCUUCAUCGUGGCUGUGCUGAUUGCAUACAAGCGCAAGUCCCGAGAGAGCGACCUGACCCUCAAACGUCUGCAGAUGCAGAUGGACAACCUGGAGUCCAGGGUUGCACUGGAGUGCAAAGAAGCUUUUGCAGAGCUGCAGACGGAUAUUCAUGAACUAACAAGUGACCUAGAUGGAGCCGGGAUCCCUUUCCUCGAUUACCGAACCUACACCAUGAGAGUGCUUUUCCCUGGCAUUGAAGACCACCCAGUCCUGAGGGAUCUAGAGGUCCCUGGCUAUCGUCAGGAGAGGGUAGAGAAAGGCCUGAAGCUUUUUGCCCAGCUCAUCAACAACAAAGUUUUCCUGCUUUCCUUCAUUCGCACACUGGAGUCCCAGCGCAGCUUCUCCAUGCGGGACCGUGGCAAUGUGGCCUCGCUCAUCAUGACUGUGCUGCAGAGCAAGCUUGAGUAUGCUACUGAUGUCCUCAAACAACUGUUGGCUGACCUCAUUGACAAGAAUCUGGAGAGCAAGAACCACCCUAAACUGCUUCUCCGGAGGACAGAGUCCGUGGCAGAGAAAAUGCUCACCAACUGGUUCACCUUCCUUUUGUACAAGUUUCUGAAGGAAUGUGCUGGUGAACCUCUGUUUUCCCUCUUCUGUGCCAUCAAGCAGCAGAUGGAAAAGGGUCCCAUCGACUCUAUCACUGGGGAAGCCCGAUACUCUCUGAGUGAAGACAAGCUUAUCCGACAGCAGAUUGAUUACAAGACACUGGUCCUGAGCUGCGUCAAUCCUGACAACGUGAACAGCCCUGAGAUCCCAGUGAAGAUCCUGAACUGUGACACCAUCACUCAGGUCAAGGAGAAGAUCCUGGAUGCCAUCUUCAAGAACGUGCCCUGCUCCCACCGGCCCAAAGCUGCUGAUAUGGAUCUGGAGUGGAGGCAGGCAAGUGGGGCAAGGAUGAUCCUUCAGGAUGAAGACAUCACAACCAAGAUAGAGAAUGACUGGAAGAGACUCAACACGCUGGCCCACUAUCAGGUACCAGAUGGAUCUGUGGUAGCUUUGGUCUCCAAGCAAGUCACUGCCUACAAUGCAGUCAACAACUCCACAGUCUCACGGACUUCAGCCAGCAAAUAUGAGAACAUGAUCCGUUACACAGGCAGUCCAGACAGCCUCCGUUCUCGGACACCAAUGAUCACCCCUGACCUCGAGAGUGGAGUCAAGAUGUGGCACUUAGUGAAGAACCAUGAGCAUGGUGACCAAAAGGAGGGUGACCGGGGCAGCAAGAUGGUUUCUGAGAUCUACCUGACAAGGCUACUUGCCACCAAGGGCACCCUCCAGAAAUUUGUAGACGACCUCUUUGAAACCAUCUUCAGCACUGCUCACCGUGGCAGUGCCCUCCCGCUGGCUAUCAAAUACAUGUUUGAUUUCCUGGAUGAGCAGGCUGACAAGCACAACAUCCAUGACCCUCACGUGCGGCACACCUGGAAGAGCAAUUGCUUGCCACUAAGGUUCUGGGUUAACAUGAUCAAGAACCCACAGUUCGUCUUUGACAUCCACAAGAACAGUAUCACAGAUGCCUGCCUCUCCGUAGUGGCUCAGACCUUCAUGGACUCCUGUUCAACCUCAGAGCAUCGUCUGGGCAAAGACUCGCCCUCCAACAAGCUCCUCUAUGCCAAGGACAUCCCCAGCUACAAGAACUGGGUGGAAAGGUACUACUCUGACAUCGCCAAAAUGCCAGCGAUCAGUGACCAGGACAUGAAUGCAUAUUUGGCUGAGCAGUCUCGCAUGCACAUGAAUGAGUUCAACACUAUGAGUGCACUCUCAGAGAUAUAUUCCUAUGUUGGCAAGUACAGCGAGGAGAUUCUCAGCGCACUUGAUCAAGAUGACCAGGCUGGGAAACAGAAACUUGCCUACAAACUUGAACAAGUCAUAACCCUCAUGAGCAUAGACAGCUGAGAACUGUCCUGCCAGGGAAACCCUGGGAGGGAUAAACCAAGUCGUGCCUCAGUCAAGAUCAUCAUCUUUACCAAGUGCAAGUUUUGAUUGGCUGGAAGCAGUCACUGAACAGCUCUCGCUCUUCUCUUUCUCUCUCUCACUUAUUUCUCUUUCAAAAAAAAUCUAUGGACAAAGUGACAAAGCCCCAGGGGUGAAAAGGAAAAGACUGCAGAGGAAUCUCGGCUCUGGGGACAAGAAGACAUUCAGGUGGAGCUCUUCUUUUUACAGCUUCCCUUCUGCCCUUGAUCUAAAGAAAAACUCUUAAACAAACAAAAACCUCCCCCAGCAGCGUCUCAUCAGUCUGCAAAUGGAAAAUCGGGAGGUCACCUCUGUCAUGCUGCUUUAACUGUCCCCCUAGGGCUGUAGCCUCUGGAGUGGACAUGGAAAUGAACUCAGUAUUACAAAAAAAAAUCUCACUGAGGGGAACGCAGCCUGCCUGCAGGGAUCCUGAAGGACAGGAGCAAAUGGAGAUCCUCUCCAACAGAGCCAUUUAAACUCUAUCUCUUGGUAGCAACCCACUGGGAGAGGAAUUCAAACCUCCCUGGAAAAAAACGCCACCGCUCAGUUCAGAGUGGGACCAUUGUGGCUCUUUUCUGCCUGGGGAAACAGCAGUGUGGAGCUGCUCUCUUAGGCCAGGGGAAGGGUCAAGAGGGGAGGAGAAGACCGAUGCUCCCCUGCCCACAUUUCAUACGAUUAUUCUUAUUUUUCAAGGUAACCUGUGUCCCCCCUCCAUCUUUCCCAUUGUGUCCUGUUGGUCGUAGCACUGC